CACGGUAUUUCAGAAUUAGCGAACAUGUACUAAUUAACACUCUUGUUUUAAUGAACAGGGUUUUUAAUUAGGAAAAUUAUGAUCGGCGGACAAAGUCAGAAGAUCUAAGGCAGUGUUUCUCUUUGGCGGCGGAAGGGGAAGGAAGAAGACCGAAGGCAGUGUAUUUGCGUUUGGCUUCACUGAUUUUUGAUGAAAGUUUUUGUGGAUCGACACAAGAAGAUGACAAUUGGAAAAGAUAGCAAACUGAAUGUUGAUGACGAGGUUGACGGAGAUCUUGACGCAACCGAGAAGAGGGCUGAAUUUCCGGUGGUGGGAGUCGUUAUUACGGAUCGUCCCCCUCCUGAACCGCCGCCGUGGAAUGCAGGAGAGUCUAGGGUUUGGAAGCAUCUUUUUAAUUUUACUGUUUGCUUGCGAUUUAUCUUUCAUGAUCAUACUGUUUAUUUUUCAAUUGAUUUCUUUUAUUAUUGUAAGACUUUUACAUUAGGAGUGGGUGAUGAGAGUUAUGCGGUGACCGUCAUUGGCUCAAUUAUGCCCAAUUUAAGAUCAACGAGUUAUAUUGCUUUGUCAGAGGU